UCUAAAAACGAAAAAAGUGCUAUGUAAUGAUUCCAUAAUGGUAGAACAUUGCUUAGGUGACCCAGCAGUGUAAAAAUACCGGUAUUACGUAUCAAGACACAUAGGGUCGAUUGCAGUGUACCUGUUAGUCCAUUUUAAUAAAGUGCCGCACAAGAUACUCUGUAUUUAAAUAAUAUAAAAGCAUGCACGUCUGAUGUAUUCAAUUUAACCUGAAAUGUCAGUGUAAUGUGUAUUAAAUAUAAACAACACAUUUAUAACUUAAUGUUCAGUGUCAAGCAGCAAGAGGCUACCGGCAGGUUAAAAUGCAAGUAUGAUCCGUGUGCGGAAUGUGCAGAAAAAGACAUGUAGUAGGCUACAAUUAUAUUAUGAAUAUGGGGGUACUUUUACUUAAAUGUGUUUGCCCGAAUCACGCCUAAUGUAAUAGAAACGAUUUUACCAUUUUAUCAUUAAUAUAUUAAUUAUUUGUUUUUUUCAUACUUUUUCAUAUUUUUGACUUUUUUGCAGGUUCAAUAUCUUCAUGUGCGAGUUUGUCUUCACACUUUACAUUGUGAAUUUCCAUCAGCAUUUGUAAUGGCUUAUUAUGGGUUAGUCCUCAUUAUCGGUCUAACUUGUUCCACUUGUUCAGGUCAGCUAAUCCAAUUUUCAGGAUUCACUUUUUGGUACACUGCAGUCAGGACUAACUUUGUACAGAGCUGCAGGAUUUGCUAGACUGCAUUUUAAUCCACUUGAUGUGGACUAAGGCUGGGAUCAAAUCAAAACUUUGACAACUCGCUAAUCGCACUUAACAAAACUGUAUUUAAUUGCGUUUUCUUUUUAUGAGUAGAAGAAAUAAGAUACUUACAAAACAAACACAAAGCUAUUAAAUACAGUUUUGUUAAGUGUGAUUAGCGGGUUGUCAAAGUUUUGAUUUGGUCCGGGCCUAAGUCACUGUAUGCUGCAAUCGACCCAUACCUUCAAAAACAUUUAGCAGGUGUUGUUUCCAGAUUAUUAUUAUUAUUUAUUUAUUUAUUAGCAGACACCCUUAUGCAGGGUGACUUACACUUGUCACAAGAUCUCACAUUAUUUUUACAUUAUAUAUAUUUUUUCUUAAAAAACAUUAUUUUUACAUACAAUUACCCAUUUAUACAGUUGGGUUUUUACUGGAGCAAUCUAGGUAAAGUACCUUGCUCAAGGGUACAGCAGCAGUGUCCCCCACCAGGGAUUGAACCCACGAACCCAAGAGUCCAGAGCCCUAACCACUACUCCACACUGCUGCACAAUUUAACCUGCACAGUCAAACCUGGGUUUCUGACAAGUUGUUAAGAUAAUAACAAGUGCACAUUAAAUGUUUUUAAUUAAAAUAAAGCAAUAAAACGAAACCAGGAACAGAUAUCGAGGAAGCAACCAAAGAUCUUUUUUGUUUUUCAUGAGCACAGAAUGUUGCUGAUCCUACCGCCUGCUAACCAGCCUUCAAUUCAAGAGAGCUUUGAUGCCAUCUUGUGGAGGUUCCACACACAAAAUAUCUUUGAUCCAAAAUAAAUGGGAAUAAAAGCAGCCUUUUGAACAUGAAGCUUCAUACCAAAAAAGGCUGUUUCCUAUUUUUAAAGUUGUCACUAACAAAACAAGGCUAAGUAAAAAAAAAAAAAACAUUUUAAAAAAUGUGGAAAUAGUUACUUUCCUUUGCACUUUGACUUAAAAAAAAAAAAAAAACCUAGAUAAAUCACGGUCCAGUGUUUUUGAUUAAGGAUAACAAAAACAAACCUCGAAAGGGUCACACGUAAAAAGGUGAUUUUUUAAAAUGAUUAUUAUCAUACCCCCCCCCUUCUUAACAUAAUUCAGGUUAACAAAUAGACAGGCAAAGCCACGUUUUAGUGUGGCUAGUGGUUAUUUAAAAUAUCAUAAACAUACAAAAAUAAAAUAAAUUGCCAAAGGCUUCACAAUUAUGCAAAUGUAUAUAACACUGUGUCCCUGUUGGGACAGUGUAAUACCAGGUUGUUUAUUUGGAAGCUUAUAAAACCCAAUCCUUCUCAUGUUUUGACAGAUUCUCAACAUUAAAAUGGGUGUUGCUUUUUGUCUCAUAUUCCUCUAUUGUGCUGUGUUGGGAGCUGGGGAACCUCAAUGCAGACUUAAUGGAAGGUUCACUCCAUCAGCUUUAUCCCAAGAUGGAGAUGUUGUUAUUGGUGGGAUCUUUACUCUUCAUUACAAGGGAGCAGUUCCACAGAUAUCUUACAGUACCAGUCCAAAAAACCCAGGAUGCAUAGGUUUCAAUUUAAGGGCUUUCCGUUGGGCACAAGGAAUGAUUUUUGCAAUAGAGGAAAUUAAUCAAAAUCCAAGCUUGCUUCCGAAUGUAACGCUGGGCUACAGGAUCCAGGACUCGUGUGCUAACCCUCCAGAAUCCCUCAGAGCAGCUCUAACUCUAGUGAAUGGUGAGGAGCAAACCACUUCAAACUUCACAUGCAAGGAGGGCUCUCCUGUGGUUGCAGUCAUUGGCUGCUCUGGGUCAACUCAGUCAAUUACAAUAGCAAGGCUGCUGGGGUCUUUUGGUAUACCACAGAUAAGUUAUUUCUCUUCCUGCGCAUGCCUCAGCAACAAGCAUGAAUUCCCCACAUUUUUCCGAACAAUACCCAGUGAUUAUUUCCAAAUAAAAGCUUGGGUGAAAGUUGUGAAGCAUUUUGGUUGGACUUGGGUAGGAGCUUUUGGUUCAGAUGAUGCAUAUGGUCAAUUUGGAAUCCAAUCUUUUUCGAAAGAAGUGAAGGACAUUAAUGUCUGCGUCGCUUUUGCUGAAUACUUUCCAGCAGUUUAUACAAAGGAAAAAAUCCUUGAACAUGUAGAACUUAUUAAAAAAACAAGAGUAAAGGUGAUUCUUGUCUUUGCCACCGAGAUAGAUGUUUACAUAUUGAUAAAUGAACUUGUGGUGCAGAACGUUACAGGAAUUGUUUGGCUGGCCAGUGAAAGCUGGGCCACUGCCGGACUUCUAUCAACCAAAGAAAAGUUUGGAACACUCGGGGGCUCAUUGGGGCUAGGAAUUCAGAGAGCUAAUAUUAAAGGAUUAAAGGACUUUCUUCUCAGGAUCCAUCCUUCCCAGUAUCCAGGAAAUGUCUAUGUGAAGGAGUUUUGGGAAGAAACAUUUAAUUGUGCUCUAAAAUCUCAUGACUCCUUGGAGAAUCCUCAGUCGUUGUACCCAGAGAAGAUAUGCAGUGGUUUGGAGGAUUUAAAAACUGCUGAAAACAUUUAUACAGAUGUCUCACAGUUAAGAAUAACAUACAACACAUACAAAGGGGUUUAUGCUAUUGCCCACGCGCUAAACAAAAUCUUGCUCUGUGAAAAUGAGAAAGGCAACAAGACGUGUCCGGACAUAGGAAAUAUUAAGCCCUGGCAGGUUACACAGAGCUUGAAGGAAGUCAAAUUUAAAACACAAACUGGAGAGGAAGUACAGUUUGAUGAAAACGGGGACCCAUUUCCCGCUUAUGAUAUAAUUAAUUGGCAAUUAGACACAAACGGCAACGUGCAGUACGUGGACAUAGGCUACUACGAUGGGUCAGCACCCCCAGGACAUGAACUUGUAAUAAAUGAGGAUGCUAUAAUCUGGAAUGGUGGUCAAAAGACAGUUAUACGGUCUGUGUGCAGUGAAAGCUGCCCACCAGGGACAAGAAAGGCAUCUCGAGAAGGAGAACCUAUCUGUUGCUUUGACUGUGUGUCGUGUGCACAAGAUGAAAUCAGUAACACAACAGAUUCAAUAGAUUGUAUACAAUGCCCAUGGAAUUACUGGCCAAACCCAAUGAAAAACACCUGCAUUCCGAAAGUGAUCGAGUUUCUUUCCUUUGGAGAAAUCAUGGGGAUUAUACUGUCUGUUCUAGGAGUUUUCGGAGCGUGCCUGACACUGUUUGUUGCUGCUGUUUUCUUUCAUUUCAGAAGCACACCUAUUGUACGUGCUAACAAUUCUGAAAUUAGUUUUCUGCUCUUGUUUGCAAUACUACUUUGUUUCCUCUGUUCCCUCUUGUUUAUUGGUGAGCCAUCCCCCUGGUCCUGUAUGUUAAAACAUGCAGCAUUUGGAAUUACAUUUGUUCUUUGCAUUUCCUGUGUUUUGGGUAAAACAUUAGUAGUAUUGAUGGCAUUUAAAUCGACACUUCCAGGAAACAACAUCAUGAAGUGGUUUGGUCCCAUGCAGCAAAGACUGAGUAUAUUUUUCUUUACAUUUAUUCAAGUAUUAAUAUGCAUCCUCUGGCUUGUAAUUGCACCCCCAUUUCCACAAAAGAAUGCAAAGCUUUUUAACAGUAGAAUUAUUUUCGAGUGUGAUUUAGGAUCAGUCACAGCAUUUUGCUGUGUUCUAGGCUAUAUUGGAAUCUUGUCUAUCUUGUGCUUCAUUUUAGCAUUUCUAGCAAGAAAGCUGCCUGACAAUUUUAACGAGGCAAAAUACAUAACAUUUAGUAUGUUAAUAUUCUGUGCCGUGUGGAUAACAUUCAUCCCUGCUUAUGUAAGUUCCCCUGGAAAAUACACUGUCGCAGUUGAAAUAUUUGCCAUUCUGUCUUCUAGUUUUGGGGUGCUCAUAUGUAUAUUUGCUCCAAAAUGUUACAUUAUAUUGCUUAAUCCUGAGAAGAAUACAAAGAAGCACUUACUGGGCAGGCCGGGCACAGGCAAAGUUUAAUUUGUAAGAGUUUCACACUGUUUAUGAAAACAUUGCUCUUUGUACUGUACACAUGUUUAUUAGUGGAUUUUGAAUGCAUUAAAUAAUACACUCUCCCUCUGUUUCUGUAUUUUUCAUUUCACCACUAGGGUGUGCUGUUAAAUCAGAAUGGUUGAGAUGCGAGCAGGUUAUGCAUGUAUCCAGGACAGGGC